AUGACGAGGUUAGCUGUCCAGAACCGUCAUGAUCUGUUCAACGUAUAUCUGGCCUCACGAGAGUUUCAUUUCCUCACAACCCCCGCCCUCUACCGGACAGUGGUGAUCACCCCCGCUUGUGCCCCGUCUAUAGACAGUGGCGCGCGGGGACAAACGCGUGCCCGUCGUUCUGCGCUGGAUGUCCUGAUCACUCGAUUGAGGUACGAGAAUGGCAAUACCCCCCGGGUUCAUGUCCGUGAAGUCGUUCUGUCGCAUAUCGACACACGAGGUCUUGGUGCGUCAUGGGAGGUGAUCAACCGGCUUCCCAAUGUUCGAAACGUGAUGUAA